AUGGGCACGCCCCCUCUCAUCGAGCUCGAUGAGAACGGGCUCACCCCGUACGAGCGGGAGCGCGCCGAGAAGAUCGCCCGCAACGCCGCCCAGAUGAAAGCCCUCGGCCUGCCCGCACUCGGCGGUAUCGUCGGCGCCGCACCGAGCUCCGCCGGCGGCUUCACCCCAGUCCGCCGCAAGAAUCCCAUCGCCACCCCCGAGCCCGCCGCGCCCUUCCGCAUCAUCCUACGCGAGCGCCCCGCCAAGCCCGUCAACUACAACGUCGACGCCUUCGACUCCGAGGACGAGGAGGAGGCCCGCGAGCGAAAGAGGGCCCGCCGAGCCGAGACCGCCCGCGCCGGCGGGAAGCCCCGCAAGCGCCCCGCCGCCGCGAAAGACGACGACGACCGCUCCGACUACGAGGUCGAGUCCGGCGAUGAGGAGGACGACGACGCCCUUGGCUCCGACUCCGACUCCGACUCCGACUCCGACUCCGACGACGAGGUCGACCCCGAUCCUCCCUCCGAGGAGUUCCUCCUGUACGGCGGCAGCCUCGCCAAGAAGUACGAGGUCCCCGAGCACCGCGCGCGCGCCAACAGGACCGCGGCGAUGUACACGAACGGCACCAACUGGCUCGAGGAGUCCAAGCUCAACUUCAGGGCGUGCCGCGACAGGGCCAAGGAGCGCCGGCUGGCCAAGGAGCAAGCCGCCCGCGAGAAGCUGGAGAGGAAGCUGCAGAGGAGGAAGGAGAAGGACGAGGGCGCCGGCGCGAUGGUGGUCGUGCCGGGCGACGCGCCCGAGACCGAUGACGUCGACGUGAACGGUAAGAAAAUCCACCGCAAAGGGUUCCACACCAAGCAGGGCGCCGAGGGCAAGACACGCGGCGUGGGGGGGGAAAACGGGGUGACGACGUGCGCCAAGUGCAAGAUCAACAUGUCGGGCGAGUGGCACAACAACAAAGACCCCGCAAUCCCCGGCGAGAAGAUCUGCGAUUCAUGCUACAGCAGAGCUAAGGUGCGUGCCCGCCAGUUCGAUCCUCGGGUUCUCCACCCACCACGUCUCACCGCGUAUCUCUUCCUUGCGCAGGUUGGCGACGGCUACGUUUGCCCCGGGUGCAAGUCCACCGACGCCUCGGAUUGGCGCAACGCCAAGGGCCACCUGGUCUGCAACGACGACCAGCUGGUGGAGAAGGGUGUCAAAAUCUGCACAAAGUGCAGUAAGAAGGAGCCCCCGUUCAAGGAUGCGCAGUGCGUCAAGUGCGAGGACAAAGCUCCCACCGAGUGGCGAAAGUCCAAGCACCAGAUGAACGAUGCCACGGGCAAGCCCCACUACAUGUGCGGCAAGUGCGGCAUGGCCGAGCCGGAACGGCUGGGCGACGCAUGCGCAGGUGCAGAUUGCGGCAAAGUCGACCCGAAUGCCUGGAACAAGUCGAAAAUCAAGAAGAGGGAGGGCGAGCCCGACGCACCGGCUCCUUUGUGCAGAGAUUGCUACCACAAGGAGGCCAAGGCCCUCAAGAAGAAGGACUGA